AGGGCAUUCGUCUCAAGCUGUCGUGGUCAGUCACUCGGGAGUUGUGCAGCCGCUCGUUGGUCAUACUUGCAGCUUUUUGUGAUUUUGCCCAAUUAAAUAAAGUUAUUUUUUUUAACAAAUCACAUUGUAUACUGUCGAAUAUUUCGACUGGCUCAAAAGUUACACUAAAGAAAAGCCUACCAAAAUCUUUAGGUUAGAAGAAAAAGUGCCAGUGAAAACGGGAGACCGCGAAUCAGCAUAAAUAUGGCACAAGUGACAGAAACGGGGGUUAAGGAUCAAAAUACGCAGCGCGAUCAUAUCGGGGAUGAUGAAGUCAGCGAACUGCAGAGACCUCCCAGCUUCUAUCAGAAGGUGCGUGAGCAGGCGGAGCGUUUUGCCUGCACACGUUUUGGCCAAUAUGCGAUUGAUCGUGCCGAUCGUGGCCUCAAACUGAUCGAGGACACCACCAAAUGGAGUCUGCCACAGGAUAAGAGCUCAAGCUCUGUGGUGCUGGAUCGUCCGUUGCCCUGGGUGCCCUUCUUGCUGCUGAUCAUCAUGUUGCGCCUGGCCAGGAUCUGGUUAUCCUUGGGUGCUCUGAUGAUCGGCAAUGGACCAGUGUCGCCCACGGAUAUGAUUUACUUUAUACAGACGCGACGUCGCAAAUUGCGUGCCAUUCGCGUGCAUGGACUGAAGGUGAUGAGGCAUCGACAACAGGAGGCAACCAGCUCGGGAGCCAAGAGUUUCAUUCAACAGCUCAGCCAGUGGCUAUCUCGUGCCAUAUGCCGGCCAGGUGUGCAGCGGGCAAACAGCGGUCGGAUUCAGUUCAGUGUUCAACAUCAGUCCAACCAUCAAACUCAAAGUGUCUCCAAGCGAUCGCGGGAUGAGGAUGCCAGUGUGGAACAUAAUCUGACCAUUGAUGAACUGUUGAACAAGUAUGCGAAUGAGAACUCUGAGGAUGACUCUGACUUUGUGCCCAAUGCGGAGGAUGAGAGUGAGAGCAGUUCUAGUGAAAGUUCCAAUUCCAAUAGCAGCGAUGAUUUCAGCAGCAAUGAGGAACAGGAUAAUGUGGCAAAGUAUAAAUUAAACAAUGGCGUGCAACAUAACAAGUCGAAGUCUCAAUUGGAUAAGGAUAAGGAUAAGAAUAAGGAUAAGGAACAGGAGAAGCCGGCAAAGACAACGACGAGCAAUGGCAGCAACGACAACCAGCCGACGGAGACGGAAGUUGCUCAUCGCAUGGAUGCAGUGAAGGAGGAAGAUUGGAAGUCCACACCGGGUCACAUGAGUGCCGCCUUGAUGAAAACAUCGGUUUACAAUAAUACAGCUGCCGCAGCCAACAUUGACCAACUCCAGUCCAUUUCCACAUCCCAUCCCGAUAAGAACCUCGAUCCCAACACCGACACAGACAUCGAUCCCGAAACUGAUGAUAUUACGACAACGAUAAUCUCUGAAUCUGAAUCCGUUCAACAGAUUCAUUCCACUAUUGAGACCCUUACGCCUGCCACAUCCUCUGAAGAUAUUUUCUAUAGUCCCAUCGGUUCUCCCAACAAUUUUAACAGCUGCUUUGGACCCAUGACUCCACUGUAUAAUGUCACCAUUAAUUCGGCCGUCACUCAUUCCACGCCCAACUCUGAGCUGGAGGAUGUACACUCAGCUGCUUCGGAUCUGGAGGAAGCCACCAGACAGAGCAUCUCGCUGGCCCAUCAAGGAGUGCUCUUGGAUACACCACCCCAAGGGCCACAGCCCAAUAAGCAACAGCAACAACAGCAACAACAGCAACAACAACAACAACAGCGACAGUACAAUCAUCAAUCGCAUCAGCGUUUCCGUGGGCGUAACCGGCGCUAGAAUACCCUUUAAAUAUAUCUAUAUUGAAUUUUCUCCCUUAA